GAGGGGGAGGGAAAAGGGGAGGAGGAGGGCAUGAGACCGGGUUAGAGAAUUGAAAGGAAGCAAGGCUUUCUGGUGACAUUCAGUGCAGUCUCCCUGCAGCACAGCACACUCCCCUUGGGCAAGAACCUGAGACCCCUUGUGCUAAGUCAAGAGGCUGAAUGGGCUGCAGAAGAGCUAGAGAAGGACCAAGCAAAGCCAUGAUAUUUCCAUGGAAAUGUCAGAGCAUCCAGAGGGACUUAUGGAACAUUUUCAAGUUAUGGGGGUGGACAAUGCUGUGUUGUGAUUUCCUGGCACAUCAUGGAACCGACUGCUGGACUUACCAUUAUUCUGAAAAAUCCAUGAACUGGCAAAGGGCUAGGAGAUUCUGCCAAGAAAAGUACACAGAUUUAGUUGCCAUACAAAACAAGGCAGAAAUUGAGUACCUGAAUAAGACCCUGCCUUUCAGUCAUUCUUACUACUGGAUAGGAAUCCGGAAGGUAGGAGGAAUAUGGACGUGGGUGGGAACCAACAAAUCUCUCACUGAAGAAGCAGAGAACUGGGGAGCCGGGGAGCCCAACAACAAGAAGAACAAGGAGGACUGCGUGGAGAUCUAUAUCAAAAGGGCCAAAGAUGCCGGCAAAUGGAAUGAUGAUGCCUGCCACAAACUGAAGGCAGCCCUCUGUUACACAGCUUCUUGCCAGCCCUGGUCAUGCAGUGGCCAUGGAGAAUGUGUAGAAAUCAUCAAUAAUUACACCUGUAACUGUGAUGUGGGGUACUAUGGGCCCCAGUGUCAGUUUGUGAUUCAGUGUGAGCCUUUGGAGGCCCCAGAGCUGGGUACCAUGGCCUGUACUCACCCUUUGGGAGACUUCAGCUUCAGCUCACAGUGUGCCUUCAACUGCUCUGAGGGAACAAACUUAACUGGGAUUGAAGAAACUACUUGUGGGCCGUUUGGAAACUGGUCAUCUCCAGAACCAAGCUGUCAAGUGAUUCAGUGUGAGCCUCUAUCAGCACCAGAUCUGGGGACCAUGAGCUGUAGUCACCCACUGGCCAGCUUCAGCUUUACAUCUGCAUGUACCUUCAGCUGCUCAGAAGGAACUGAAUUAAUUGGGGAGAAGAAAACCGUUUGUGAAUCAUCUGGAAUCUGGUCAAAUCCUAGUCCAAUAUGUCAAAAAUUGGACAGAAGUUUCUCAAUGAUUAAGAAGGGAGAUUAUAACCCCCUCUUCAUCCCAGUGGCCGUCAUGGUUACUGCGUUCUCUGGGUUGGCAUUUAUCAUUUGGCUGGCAAGGAGAUUAAAAAAAGGCAAGAAAUCCCAGGAAAGUAUGGAUGACCCAUAUUAAAUUGUCCUCAGUAAAAGAAAAUUCUUGGAAUACUAAAAAUCACUGGAUCCUUUCAAUUCUCCCAUGGAACCUUUUGCAUGGUGGCACCUCCUACAACAAAGAUGAAGAUGUUUCCUUUACCACAUCUGGAAAGAUUUCUACCUGACCAACAGCUCCUUCUGCUUCCAUUUAGCCCCUCAUUUAUCCCUCAAUCCCCAGCCCACAGAUGUUUAUACAGCUCAGCUUUUUGUCUUUUCUGAGGAGAAACAAAUAAGAUCAUAGGGGAAAAGAUUAAGGUGGAAAAU